AGUGUUCUGUGCUGUGACCAUCAGUCUAUGUUCGGUUUGCUGUUGGUGUGUCAUCCUUGUGUUUGUUUUGUUUACAUUUUAUUUGCAUUUAAAAAAAAAACUCGCAAAUUAACUUAUUUAUUUACUUUCCAAUCGUAAAAUUUCUUCCGGUAUAGUGUUGUGCAAUUGUGUUAUUUACAUUUUUGUAUUGGAACCCUUUGCAAAUUUUUAACGACUAAAUCAUCCCGUUCAAUAUUGUGUUUUUUCUGCUUUCGCCUCGUAUUGUUUGUUUCAUUGAACAAUUUACAACAUAAAGUUACCGAAGUUUGUGAACAAUGAUCCUAGCGGCGGUAGCACGAUUGCGAUUGACUUUUGAGCGACGUUGAUGGAUAAUCUUCAGUCCUGAUUGGUGGCGUUGGCCGUCCAGCGCUGCUAUUGGACGAAGAUGUCGGGGCUUCCGUCGAGGAACGAAGAAGCCAUCAACGGUGUCGACGUCCGGGAACAAGGCAGCGCUUUAAGGGUGGCGACCAACACACCGCACCUGGUCAGCUUGGGAACAGGCCGACUGAGCACCGCCGUCACCUUGCAUCCCAUCAAGCAAGGUCGCGUAACGAUAGGCUCGGAUCCGACAUGCGACAUCUACGUGGUGGGUACCGGUGUGACGAGCGUCCAUUGUCGCGUGGAGAACUCGCACGGUGUCGUCACAUUGUACCCAAUCAGCGGUAGCACUCUUUUGGACGGGUUACCAGUGGACAAACCCACCCGUCUCUCACAAGGUAGUAUGCUGACAAUCGGACGGUCCAACUAUCUGCGAUUCAACCAUCCAGAAGAAGCUAAACUCAUGAAAUCAGUUCUACCUUCAGCGCACGUAUCAAUGGCUCCUGUACAGUUUCAACCGAACGAACAAUGUCUUACCACAGCUUAUGUAAAUCACCGGACCGAACCAAGUAAUCAAUGCUACCAACAAAACAAUAUGCAAAACAUAUACAAAGACAGUGUACUAACGCAACUAGACCAAGAACUGGAUAUGACACUCAAAGAAAUGUCCAGAAAGAAACCACCAGUAGCACCAAGAAAACCUUACAGAGAUCUAGAUCAGUCCGAUUCGAAUUCAGAUCAAGAAACGAGACCGAAAGUAUCUAAUAUCAUGGCGAAAGUGUCCAAAUUCGAAUACUACGCGAAACAACACAAGUGCAUAGGCAGAAGUCAAUUUUACACUAAUAACGACAACGAGAUAUCGCCUAAAGUUUUUAGUGCUAACUCUUUGACUGUGAAUACGCCCGCUAAAGAUGUUCUAGGUGGUAAAACAAUGCCUAAUUAUAUGAACAAGAAUAAGCAAGAACAAAAAGUAGUGGUACACAACGAAAAUAAUUCUAUGGAUCCGAAGAACUGUUCUUACGCGAACGUUGCUAUUAAGAACAAAACAAAAAUAGAUGAUAUAGUAAGAAAUUUCGAUGAUAACACAAGGACGAAAUUGCCAAAGAAAGUGAACAACGAUCAAGUGAAUACAGACAAUAUAUACGGUAGAAUAAACGUGAAACAGGAACGCGAUAAGAACAACGUUGAAAACUGUAAAAACAAUGUUGAAAACUGUAAAAACAACGUUGAAAAUUGUAAAAACAAUGUUGAACAUUAUAAGAACAAUGUCGAAAAUGGCAAGAACAAUAUAGAUACGGCUAAUGUGGACGUUGCUUAUAGUAGAUGCGAUGGUUACGGGAGGAUUGGUGAUAGAAGUGGGAAUAUUUCGAAAACGCUCACUCUACCGUCGCCGGCUUUCGAUAGGAAUCCCCAGUAUUCACCGGUUUACGCCAAUUUCCAUUACGAUAGAAGUUACGAAGCUGAAAAUAUGAGAAAGAAGGCUUACCAGGAUAGAAUAAAAGAAGAAGAACAGAAAGAGGCGGAGACUGCACGUCUUGAGGAAAUCCUUAAUAUGUGUGCCGAGUACGAAAGACAAAUCACAUCGGGUAUCCCGAUCACCCCAACGGAGAAGCGAUCUCAUAAUAAGAUCAUUACGAACGGCUCGUUGCCUCGUAGCGUUGCUAUGAACAACCCUAACUUUGUACAGACCAGCGAUGGUUAUUACAAAUUUGAUACUAGUCACAACCGUAGUAAUUCCCUUAGCAAAUCUCUGCCUAUACAAAGAAAUCUGUCUAGCUAUGAAAACUUUGACGUCACACACUCCGAAACGUCCACGCCCGAGGUGACAAUACCGAACCAAACAUGCCAAAACAUAGGUAGAAUGGACGAAAUUGGCAUACCUGUAUUUGACGAUGAACUAUCUAGUCCGAUCCUCAUUAGGAAAUUCAAUCAAAGCGAUAACAAACCCAGCCUUACAUCACCAAUAGGCAGUCCGUACGAAAACGUCUAUUACAGAAACAACUACGGAAACUUUAAACCGAAAUCGCCUAACACUCAAAGCCCUAGGACAAGAAUAAAAACCAGUUUUGCUCACAAAAACUUGCCAUCACCCCAGUAUUUCAUAUUCCCCACACCACCGCCUACAGAUAAUAGUAAAACUCCUGAUUUUACUCAAAAUAGAUCACCUGUAACUGUAGAAAAUAGUCCGUUAGAUGUCAAAUUAGAUAGUCCUAAAGAUAAGAAAACGAAUAGUCUAAAGAAAGAAGGUAUAGAAAAACAAUUAAGUCUAGAAGAAGAAAUUCCCAUGAUUGACGAUGCUGAUAUUACUAACGAUAUUGAAUUUCGAUAUUCCAAAAUCAUCACAGAAAAGAAUGAGGAACAAAAAAACGAUACUAAGGAACCGGAAAUUACAGAAGUUAUUUUAACGAAGAAUUUGAGUUUCGACGACGUAAAGAAAGAGUUGAUGGCGGACAUACCAGAGUUAGAAGAAUUCGAAAAAGAUCUUAAGCAAAACAAGCAAGAUAAACUAAUAAAACAUAUCACGGAAACUGUAAAAAAGGUGGACAUAGAAGCUGACUCCAUAGACAGUGCAGUCAUAGACGAUAAUGUUGACGAACUAAAAGGCAAAUAUGAUACUUUGAAGGAUGAACGCAAGAAAUUAGUGGCACAAAUACAUGAAAUCAAGUGUAAGAUGACAGAGAUCCGAUCCCAAGAGGAUGACAUACUAAGAGAGCUUGAAAUGGAGAAAGCCCUUAUUAAAGGUGAAUACGACUCCGAAAUAGCCAUAUUAAAUAUAGAACAGAAGAAAAAGUUUGAGUUAGCAGACAAAGCGAAGAAGAUUGAAGAAGAAAUAAAGCAAUUGAAACAAAAACAAGAAGCUCGUCAGAACGAAAUGCAAGAUAGGGUUGAUGUCGCCACCAUGAAGGUUGAAAGAUUGGAAAAAGAUUUCAAAGACAACGCGACCACGCUUGAAGAACUUCAAAAUGCUCAAGACAUUUUGGACAACGAGACUAAGAUAUUCGAGGAUUUGGAGUUUCAACAUCUAGAAGAGGAAUCUGAAUUAUUGGCAAACAGGGAGGAUUUACAGAACGAGAUAGUUUUACUAACCAAAAAAAUUGAGGCGCAGAAAUCUCGAAUACUCAAUCUCAAGUCGGAGGCAAAUAACAACCUCACGUCGGCGCUGGACGAAACCAAAGUGCUAAGAGCAGAGUACUUAAAGCUACUAAACCAAGUAGAGGCGUUGACGGGCCAAGUCCAGGGCAUAGAGAAAGAACUCAAACCUAUCGUGGCCAAACUAAACGAUGUUGACAGAACACAAUCCCCUGAUAGUGCAUUCUACACAGAUCAGACUAGAACAAAAUCAGGCGAAUUCGGAUAUUCACCACAGAGCUCCGAUAGCGACGAUGUUGAUCUGACAAAAAUAUCUGAGGAGCACACCAAACAGUUGAAGGACAAAUUCAAUUCGAUCGAUCAGAUGUCCCAAUCGAUGUUCGUCGAAAUAGAGAGACGAGUUAUUGGUGACGUCGUCGAACCGAUCGAUAACGAGAAUCGAUACAGCGAGAGUCCGUCUAAGACCUCUACUUCUUCUAAAGAGAAGAAAGGAUUUUGGGAAAGGAACUUCGAUUCGCUCAAACGAAAGAACAAGAAAUUAAAAUCUCCCGAAAAAGUUGACAUUAUGUCGCAGAGUUUGAAUGAGAAUAUUUUGUACAAUGAAAAUAUUGAAAACGAAUUCGAUAAAUUCAACAGUUUGAGACAUUCCAAGAAGAAGGAGAACGGCCCCGUAAAGAGUAAUUCGUCAUCUAAGAUACCGACUUUUGCGGCGUUAGGUAAAAUAAUAAAAAAGGACUCCUUCGGAAAAAAAUCUAAAGACAAUUAUGCUAAAAAUGACGACGUCACGGAGAACAAUAUCAAAAACCGUUACAUCAAGAAUUCUAAACCAAUAGUUACAGAUAACAAAUAUGUGAAAGCCAAAUCUUUGUCUCCGGAUAAAACGAAACAGGAGGACCUAUUGAAAGAGGAAACUCUGGAGGAGAUUAAAGAAGCCGCGAAUCAAAAAGGUCACAAUGUUACAUUCGAGAAUCUCAUUCGGCAGACGUACAUAGACAACAGUGUUAAUUCCGCGAAAGUUUAUCACAGAAAGAGUUGUGGCGAUGAGCCUAAUGUUAGAGAAUUGCAGAAAAAGAUAUCAGAUUCUGGUAAAAUACCUUCGCAAGACGAUAUCGAUAGGAUAUCUAAAGUGACUAUGGAUGCGCCGAUAUUAUCCAGUGAUACCGACAUGAAUUCUUUAGGGAAAAGAACUUUGGAUAGUCUGAUGGAAAUAGAAAGAAAGCGGAUGGAAAUGUUGGAAGAACAAGGAUGCCAAGUAAUAGAGAAUGAAAGAGAAAAGAUAUCAGAACUAAAGCGGCGUGUACAAGACGAGACUAAGAAACUCUGGGACCAGAAGUACCGUUCGGAACAGUCGAGAUCCUUCGACGAGAACUACUCGAGUUUGAACAGCUUCGACGUGAAGAGUGACAGUGAUAGGCAUGACAGAUCAUUUGACAGAACCGAAGACACCAGCUUGAUUGACGACAGUUACAUGAGCUCCAGCAUGUUUGAAGACAGUACGGGGCUCAUGUCAUCGUCGAUCGAAGAGUUGCAAGUGCGACACUCACGAGGCGACUCCACCGAUGACAAACUCAGCGAUGACAGCAGACCCCUCAGCCAUGCUUCUGACCUCAGCAGAGACAAUAUAUUGUCAUUGGCGAACGCGCCUCGUCGCAGCAGGCGUGGUGUGGCGCCGUGCGUGGACGCUCAGCGGCCGCUCACUAGAUACCUGCCCGUGGACCGGGACGACUUCGAUCUGCGGCGACACGUCGAGUCUGCAGGUCAUCAGAUUGAGUUGUGCCCCUACGUGAGUGUAAAUUCGACGUCGUGUCGCGGCUACCUUCUCAAAUUAGGCGCAAAGUUCCACUCAUGGUCCAAAAGAUGGUUCGUUUUUGAUAGAGAAACGAAAACGUUCGUUUACUACUGGGACAAGGGCGAGAAGAAGCCCAGGGGCGGUGCUUACUUCCAAGUAAUAGAGGAAGUGUACCUCGACCAUGGGAACACGUCUAAAUCACCAAAUCCUUCAACGACAUUCAUAGUGAAGACUCGCCAGCGUCGAUAUUAUCUGAUGGCGCCCUCUGGUGAAGCCGCUAGGAUAUGGAUCGAUGUUAUAUUCACCGGAGCACAAGGAUACACAGAAUAUUUAGAGUGA